AUUUCAAACUCUCUUCUCAUUCAAACUCUCUUCUCAUUCAAUCUCUAUCACUCAUUUCCUAUUCAAUCUCAUUAUCGUUCGAUAACCUCAACAACGCUCAUUCUCAACAUCGCUCAUUUUCAUACUGAAGAUAGAUGGCUCGAAGGAAGUUACUCGGUUUCCCAUCCCUCGAGUAUAGUACUAGUAGCUAUUCUACAUGGACUGGUUCGGUAGAAAAUAUAGUGGGAAUGAGGCGCCUAUCUCAUCUCUUGUUUUCGAAAACAAAUGAGCUUUCUACUAUAGAUGAAAUUGCAUCUACAAUGAUUGGUAGAGCUUUACAGUCUUCAGUGGAGUUUAACAUCCCUGGAUUGUGGGAUGUCAGUUCUGCAUAUGAUGUUUGGACUCUUAUUAAAGAAUAUUUUGCACCGAUAUGCUAUACAGCUGAAAUGAAAAGACUCAGUGACUUAUCUCAAGGUGAUCUCUCGGUAACAGAGUUUGGGAAUAGGGUUAAAAUCAUAUCGGCAAAUUUAGAAAAAUUCCGUCCUUCAUGUGCAUGUGACAGGACAUGCUGCUGUGCUCAGUUUGAUGUUUUUUACCAAAAACUAGUUCUGCGUAGUUUCCUGCGAGGGCUGAGUCUUGAUUUUGAGGUAAAUAUCAUGUCUAUGCAGCCUAUGCCGUCUUUAGAUCAAGCCAUUUCUGCUGUCGUGCAACUUGAAAAUGAAACGAGUGAUGAGUCAAAUAAUUCAGGCAAUUCGGGUGAUUCAGAUUCAACUAAGUCUAUAGAUUCACCUGCAGCUAUUGAUACUGUGCCACCACCUCAGGGGAAUCUUGAGCAGCAGGAGGAGAAUGUGCCACCACCUCAGGGGAAUUUUGAGCAGCAGGAGAAUGUGCCACCACCUCAGGGGAAUUAUUUUGAGCAGCAGGAGAAUGUGGGGAAUCUUGAGCAGCAGGAGAAUGUUCCACCACCUCAGGGGAAUUAUUUUGAGCAGCAGGAGAAUGUGGGGAAUCUUGAGCAGCAGGAGAAUGUGCCACCACCUCAGGGUAAUGGGCAGGAGAAUCAUAGUAUGCCAGCAGUACCACAAGGAACCGAUGCUGGUCAAAAUAUAAGAAGAAGAUUAAAGCCUUGCUACAGAGAUUCAGUAUACAAAAUCUCCAAAGGAGAUAUAAGGAGGCUUGCUAGGAGGGGGGGCGUCAAAAGGAUUCAAGGAAAUAUAUACCCUGACAUUCGUGCUUUGUUGAAGAUUUUUGUUGAAGACAUUGUGGCGAGAAGUUUUAGCUAUGCUGACCAUGCUCACAGGAAAACAGUCACAACGCGUGAUGUGGCACACGCCUUGAAAAGUAAGGGGAUGCAGUUCUACGGCUUUGAUGGCUAGAAGUACAAUGGAGUAGGAAGAAGCGAGGAAGCAUCAUAUUCACACUGCAGUGCAUUAAAAUGACACAUUAAAGCAAUUGUUUCACAAAAAAUAGUAUCUUUGUUUCAUAAAAUAGUAGUUGUACUUCUAGAUACCUUAAAGUAGUAUCUUUGUUUCACAAAAAAAAAAAUAGUAUCUUUGAACUUUUUGCAUAUCGCCAAAAAAUUCCAAAUUCCCUUAGGAUCUACCUUUGAUGACUUGAGAGUGUUGACCACAUGGUAAAUAGUAGUUUCUUCCUCUUUUUUAUUCACUAUGUUUUCUGGUUCUAUAAAUGAAAUGUUAAUCUGAUUG